AAAAUAUCUGUGUUGCAAAUGUCAUUAUUACGAUUUUCCAAUAAUUGCGGAAAUGAAAAAUUUUAAAUUAUAAAUUUUUCUGGGCUCAAUUAAAUUACGGAAAUUGAUUAUAUUAUAUAAUGCAUAUAAAAAGAUAUAUUUGAAAUAUUUGAACAUUUUUAAAAAUAUUUCUAUGCUUUUAAAAUGAGUGGUAAAUUAAAAAUUUCUGUUAGUUCAUGCGAAACUGCAAUUUCUAAUUCGUCAAGAGUCAGUUCUAAUACCAAAACUAAAUGUUGCCAAUUAUUUUUAAGUUGUUUUAAAAUUAAUCGUAAAAAAGAAUCUUUAGAAGACAUCGUGGAUGAUAAUAUUAAAGAAUAUGAUUAUAUUGUUGAAAAACUCGUCGUAAAACGUGUGCCUUUUGUUCUUUUCUCAAUGCCAAAAAAUGUCUUGGAAAAUAAUUCUGAGACUAAAGAUAAUUUCAAUAAAGAAACUCCACAAUCACAAACAAAAUUAACUACUAUGUAUUCAACUGCAUCUGAAACUCAAUCAUUAUUAUAUUAUUCCGAUAGAUUUGAUCAAAAUAUGUCAUUGGACAUUUCUAAUAAAUGUUCACAUCCUGAUACAAAUAGAGCUUUAUUGAAUGAAAGAAAUAGAAAACAUACAUUCUCUGAUAAUUAUCAUACUAGAAUAACUGAAUUGAUGAAUACCUUAAGUAGUCUCCAUCCAAAUUUGAAGGAAGAAGAAAGACCACCAAAAGAUCCAUAUCCUUUAAAUAUAUCACAAAAUAAAAAUAUUUUAUCUACAAAAAUGUCUCUCAAAGAAUUUUUAAAUAAAAAUAAUGAACAUCAAAUGAAACAGGCAUUCAAAUCACAAACUUUUGUUCAAGAACCAUUUUUAAAGAAAAGAGAAUCUAGAAAUGUAAAUUGCUCUGAAAUUAAGUCAAAAGGUGAUAAAGAAAUUUAUUGUUUAAAUCAAAUGAAAUACAUAACAUUGGAUGAUUUUCAAGAUAAUUGUGCUUCUAUUGAAAAACCUAUUAUUCAAUCUGUUCAUAAAAUAUCUUGUAAUUCUACAAAUUUUGUAAAAUCAAUCAUUAACACAAAUCAAAUGAAUACAGAAGAUUACAAGUCAAUUAAUAAUCAUUUGCAGUGGAAUCAUCAAUCAUUAAUAAAUCAGUCUAACACAUUAUUGGAAAAUAUUAAAAAAACUGAUACAUCAAAAAUAAUAUUAAGAUGGAAUAUCAUUUUAAAGCAUUAUAAAUCAAAAACAUACUCUUCUAAAACUUCUCAAAAAUUGAGUAAAUAUUUUAAUAUAAGUUAACAAAUACAAGUCAUAAUUAGUUUCAUAAUAAACAAAUAAAAAAUUUUUAAUUUUGUAUGUUUAUUUUAUCAUUAAA